AUGGAUACUCCGGAUUCUGCAGAGAGUAGUGAUGAGGUGAGGAAAGUUCCGACCAAACUGACAAAAAAGAGGAGACCGACUGGGAGAAUGAAAGAGGUUAUGAAGAAACUAAGGCUCUCUUCGCAUGAACCAGUACCUGACUGUUACAUAUCUCUUGAGGAGUUCAAGGAGGCAUGCCAGCUAAUUGGAGAACACUUGGACCAACCUCAAGAAGAAGCCAUCGACAUAUGUAAAUCGAUGGACAUGAAUAAAGACGGAUUGGUGGACUUGAACGAAUUUUUGGAAACUUUUAGGCUGGUUGAAAAUCAGCACUCGUUGGAUAUGGAAUUCGAUGAAGAAGAUAUUUAAUUUGUUUUUUCUUAAACUUAGCAUUUUUUCUAGUCAUUGUUAAAAUUUAAUCACCUUUUAACUCAUUAAACUUUUUAAAGCUCUGAGCUUCUGUGAUCUAUUUUUAUGAACUUAUUUAAGAGGUUAUUUGAAUUUAGAAAUGGGAGCAUAAAUAUAGUAUUAGAAUAUUUAAAUUUACUCAAUUCUUUUAUAUUAUAAAAUAUAUAUAUAUAUAUUUGUCAUAAGCUUAUAUCAUCAGCAUAUUUAUUAUAAAAUUUACAAAAAUAAAAAUAAAACAAAAAAUAAUAAAAUUAUUGAGCAUUUAUUUGUAAAUUACUAAAAUUUAAUUCAUUAGCAAUUAUGAUAAUUAAAAAUGUUGAAUUUAAAAUUUUACUAUAUCAAAGAAUUAUUGAAAAAUAACAAUCUAUUGAAACUUUAUCAGUGCUUAUUAAUGUUGCACUGUCUUUUAUGCUAUCAAAAUAUUGUAUUAAAAUUAUAUUCUAUCAUAAAAAAGAAUUCUUUAUUACUCUGAAAUUCAAGGAGCAAUUUCUAAUAUAUUAUAUAUUUUUCUGUUGGAAUAUGUUGAAAUAAUUUAUUCUAUCUCUGAACUGUUAAAUAAUAAGUGACACAAUUUUGUAUUUAUUAUAUUUGAUAAAAAAAAAAUUAAAAUAACUUAAAUUAUAAAAAAAUAAAUUAUCUAUUAUUGUUCUUAAAAUAUAAGACAAAAAUGUUUGAAAAAUGCAAUUUAUUCUGUAAAUGGAAUCAUUAUUUCAUAAAUGAAUUGUAAUUUAUUAUGUACAUUGAAUAUCAUAAAAGUAUAAUUAUGUAUCACUCAUAAAAUUUAACAAAGAUUAAUGAGAAAUUUAAUGAAGUUUUUGUGGAUUCUAACAUAAAAUUUGUAUCCAGUAUGUUUUUAUGAAUCAUAGUGGUGAAAUUCAUUUUUAUAUUAAGAAAUAUAUUGAAGAUUUGUUGAUUUAAAUUUUUUUUAAAUGUAUGUUCUGGGUUAACACAUUGGUCACAAGGUUCCCUUUUUCAAUUCAAAGGUUGGGAGGGGGAAUAAAGGGAAAUAAUUUUUAUUUAUCAAAGCCUUAUAAGAGCACAAUGUAAUCUAUUUUUUAAAUAAUAUAAGUAAAACAAUCAUAAAAAGAAUUGUUACAUGUUAAGUAUUCCUUCCUUCGAUCAGUACAACUCAUUGAUGGGUCAGGGCAUCUCGCAACAUCAACUGCCAUUCCUCUUGGUUCGCUGCCGUUGCCUUCCAGUUUCUUACUUCCAAGAUGGAUCGCGCAUCUUCCGCCAGUCCAUCGGCCCACUGUAGUCUUGGGAUGUUAAUUCUCCUCUUGCCGUACAGCCUUUCUUUCUAAAGUCUCUUUAGGAUAUCAUCGUUCUUCAUUCGAGCAACAUGGCCUGCCCAAAGAAGCCUUCCAAUCUUUUUGAACCUUAUGAAAUUUGUAUUAUUAUACAUUCUUUCUAUUGAAACCGCCUCUCGGAUCUUAGGAGCAUUAGUUCUUGAGCUAGAGAGAUUUUACAACAUUUGGAUCAGAACAAUUUAUAAGGCCCUUAUGAGGGUCUUAUAAAGCUGCACUUUGGUGUUCUCUGAGAAUCCUCUACUUCUGAAAUGUUUUAGAAGCCUGAAAUAGCAUCUGUUUGCAGCCAUUAAUCUUCUAUUAAUUUCGUGUUGCAUAUCAAGUCAGAGUUCACACGAGAGCCGAAAAAAAAUAAAUUUGUUCACACUCUCAAAUGUGAAGUUUCUGAUUUUUAUGUGGGCUUCCUGCUGAUCCAAAUAUUAAUAUUAAUAAAUAAGUAUAUUAGUGUUAAUAUUAAGUAUUAUUUUUAUAAAUUUGUGCAAAAUUUAAGUUCAUUCUGAAGGAAAAAAUGUUACGUCUUUUCAAAACAAGUUAUGAAUGUUUUUACAAUUUUUUUUUCAUUUUUAGUUUGGGUAAAAUCUGACGCACCAUUUCUACUUUUAAACAUGACGAAUUAUCAUAAAAAUCAUCACUCAUUUUAAUUUAUAAAUUAUUUUCACUGUUUACAUAUUACUUUACGGUAUACAGUUACAGUCAAUGGUGGGCCUUUGCUUAUUUAUUGAUGUUGAAUCAUUUGUUUAUAAUUCUGCUGUAAUUUAUUGAUCCCUAACGCUUCAAAAUCCUCUUCUAAGUCUUCCAUUCACCAUCAUCGUGGUCAUUUAACUUUUUCGACGAUUACAAAGCCUUUCAGUAGUUUGCUUGGUGUGCCUUAAUAAAUUGGACCACAUGAACAUCUUCCAAUAAAGAGUAAAUCUCACAAUUGUUUUCAAUACAUUUAUUAUACUAUUAAAAACUGGACCAUAAUUUUUUCUGAAAAGCCUCAAGCAGCUGUAACAGUCCAGUUUUUUCUACAUAAGUAAGAAAUGGUGUAAUCGUUUUAAUCGAUCAUGACAAAAUCAUAUCUCUAUAGAAUUUAAAAUUCAGAAUAAAAAAUAUUUUGUUUAAAAAAUACCACAAAAAUUUUCUUCCAAUGGGUCUAGGUUAACAAGGAACAUGUUUUUAGACAAGUUAUUUGAUGUAAUUACAAAAUUUUGAGAAACAAUAUUUUGUUGAAGUUCAAAAAGAACAUCACCAUGUAUGUAUGGUUUUUUUUUUGUACUGAUCCGGACCGUCACCCAUACUAUAUUUUCCUUGAUUAAUCAAUAUACUGUUCAUUUUUUAAAAACCCAUAACUUAAAGAUUAUGAUUUUCGAGUUAAUACCACAGAUAAACUGGCAAUGAAAUGCACUUUUAACUGGUCGAAUGUCCUAUCUUAGCUCUUAAAGGGAAUUAUACAAUAUUUUUCUUUGGUAUUACAGUAUGAUUGCAAUUUAUUGAGAUCAAAAUUGUAAUCUUACUAUACAAUAAGUUAACUUUGUGGAUAUGAUGUUAGGUUAUUAUAGGAAAAAUUUCAAAACAUACAGCCUUAUGUCUCCAAAAUGUAGGAAAAGAAAAACCCAUCAACAUUUUGCCAGUUCAGGCAUCAUCAGAACAGAAAAAAAACAACAGCUAAUUGAACAUCACUAUAUGAAAUCCAAUCGCAUACUGUAAUGAAGGUGACAAUAGAACCUUUUUCUUCAAAAAAGUUAUUUAAGUUUCUACUGUUACCUUCAUUUCCAUAGGCGAUUGGAUUUCAUAGAAUAGAAUAGAAAAUAAUUUUAUUCUGGAACGAAAUCUCUUCAGAAUAACAAAAAAAGUACAAAAUUAAAAUGUUAUAUCUGGCCAAAUAAAAACAAACAUCAAAAGUAAAGAUAAAGAUAAAUCAGUAAAGAAAGUAUUAGUUAUAUAUACUAUAUACAAAAUGAAAUUAAAAAAUCCAUAUACAAAACUCUUGAAACCUUGCCAAGACACUUAAAACUAUGUACAAUAGUAAAAUAUAAAUAUACACUUUUAGAAGAAAUAAAAAAUACAGUACAUUCUUCUUAGCAGUAAACACGAAGUUGAAUCUGAUAAUAAGUAUUUAAGCUAUGAGCUAUAUGUAAAUACAUUAUUAUGAGUAAGAUGUAAUUUUACAUAAAAGGUUAGCGGGUAUCUGACUGUUUUUGGGACAGGAAUUGGAAUAGGAGGGUUUUGAAUGUAGAUAGGGAUGAAAAAUGCCAAAUUUUGAUGGGAAGGGAAUUCCAAAAAUUAACAGAGAGAGCAAUAAAGGAUUUUUGGAAUGAGGCAGAUCGGAAAGAAAUCAUGUAAAGGUGAGAAGGUCAGGAUCUUGUGGAAAGGGAGUGGACUGAGGACUUGAAUUGGAGAAGGUUGUAGGCGUAAGAAGGACGAUGAUAUGAUAGAGGAAUGUACCUAGGAAAUAUUGUCUUCAAAUGGAGGGGAAGAACCACUCUAACUCAGUGUGGUGGUGAGGGACAUGGCAGUAUCUCGGGGCACCAAUUACAAAUCUCACGCAACUGUUCAUUAAUCUUUUCAGUCUGUCAUGUAGCUCUACCGAGAGUCCAUCAUGCACCACACAGCUGUAGUCAAAGUGGGGGAAGAUGAGAGAGGAAACCAGGAGUCUACUCUAAUAGUCAAGUCUAAUAGUUUGAGGGUAGAAAUUGUCCGUCAGGAGAUGUGAGAAAUAAAUAUUUCUGGUGAUUCCAGGAGAGGGUUUGAUCGAUAAAUAAUCCUAAAUUUUUGACAGAGGAGUAGAAGGAGAUUGACUGGUCAUCAAGGUUUAGUAUGGGAAAGUCGGUAUAGGAUCUAAGGAGGGGCUUGGAACCAAUGACUAUGGCCUGAGUUUUUGCAGCAUUUAACCUUAAUCUGUUUAAGUUUGCCAAGGAAUGAUGUUCUCAAUUAGCUGUUUUUUCUAUCCUGAUGUCUGAAUUGACGAAACAUUGACGGGUUUUUCUUUGCCUGCAUUUUUGGGAGACAUAUGGCUGAAUGGUUUGGAAUUUUUCCAAAUAUAACAACCUAACAUUUAUUUUUUGUCUCGGCUAUUUUGUUAAUAAUUUAUUACAAUAUAUUUCUUAAGUUGUCUACAAAGCCAAUUUGUAAACUCAGCUGAGUAAUUUAUUUGAGGUAGUAUUGAAUAAGUGUUUUAUGGGGUCUUGGGAAACAAGAUGUAGAAAGUCCAAUUUGAAAUAUUUAUCUUGCACCACUAUGAUUCUUACAGUCUAUGUAAAAUAAAGUUUUCUUAUUUUGUCUGAUAAUAAUAUUGAUGUUAAAAAUUAUCAACCUAUUUGAAAACAUAUUCAUUAUAAAAUUAAUAAAUGAUAUGAUUUCAUAAAGAAAUAUUAUAAUAAAAUAUAAGCCUACCAGCUCUUUAAAAGUACUGUUACUUAAGGUUUACACCCACUGAAAUGAGUUUUUAAUUACACCUUAGUAUCCCUUAUUUUGAAAAUAGUAGUCAUUUUGUGUUAUGC